CCCACCUCAGAAGCUUACGACAGAAGCGCUCUUAAAGCCUUUAUCAUAUCUGAAAAAAUGGCCAUUAACAUUGUCUCAGCUGCCCAUUCUUCUUCAAAAGAAGAAGUUGUAGUCGAAGAAGAAGAAGAAGAAGACUACAUAGACUUAGAAGUGAGCUCAUACUCCAUUUUCCACUGCGAUUCCUUCACUUCUCCUCCUCCUCCUCAAUUCACGAGCAAUAACAUCAGAGAGUUCGAGUUCCACAUGUCCUCGAGCUCUCUCGAAAGAGAACAGCCCUUGACUUCACCAGCCGAUGAGCUCUUCUAUAAGGGCAAGCUCCUUCCACUCCACCUCCCUCCUCGGCUCCAGAUGGUCGAGAAGCUACUCGAGAACUCGAACAAGCACGACUCGAGAAACACCGGCGAGGAGUUAUACAGCACUCCCUUAAUGACCUCUCCCUCCACACCUGUUGGAGUCUAUAGCACCCCGUUCGAGUCCUGCAAUGUCUCGCCCUCCGAGUCGUGUACUGUGAGCAGAGAACUGAACCCGAGCGAAUAUUUUUUUGAGUAUCUGGAGGAUGAGAUCAGGUCUGAAAACCCAAAGAAGUCCUGGGGCAAAAAGAUUAAGCUGAUCAAGCAGUCUUUACUAGGUUCAAAGCUGAAAACCCCAAAAACCUAUCUCAAGUCCUUGUUUGGUAAAUACAGCUGCUCGCAUGAAUCCAGCGCGAACAACAUUGAACAGUCAGCAGCUAUAAUAUCUACGAACAAGGAUUCUAUAAAUGGAAAGUUGAUAAAAACGAAUCCGAACCUGAGUUCCAGUGUCGAUGUUAUGAGAAGCUUUCAUAAAGAGAGUGAAGCAGAGAAGGUUCAACAGCAGCGGAGGAGGUCGCUGUCAGGAUUGAGCAAGAGGCAUCCAUCGAAUGAGACCUCAGUUUUCUCAUCAUCGUGCUCUUCAUCAUCUUUGUCUUCUGAUUCAUCUCUCUCCUCAAAUGAUUCAAACGGGUUUAAUCAGCCGCGGCUUCUGAAGAGAAGCAACAGCAGGAACUCAGAGAUGGAGAGUCCGAUUCAAGGAGCAAUCAAGCACUGCAAACAGUCUCAGCAUCUAGGAAAAAGUAUUGCUGUCUUUCCGGAAUCUGUUUAAGAGAAUUGGCUAGAAAAAAAGUUUCAUCUAACACUUUUUGCCCCUUUUUUUUUUUUUUUUUUUCAGGCAGUGAGCUGCUUUUUCUCUAGUAAAAAAGAAGGGAAAAAACUAGGAAUGUGAAUUUCUUCUCAUUUCAUUUCAUCCGAAAAAGUUUCCUGAAUCUGUCAUAAUUUCUACUUGAACCAAAGUCCAUCUAAGGAAUAGGACCUUAUUGCAUGGGAGUCCUCAAAUGAGAAAUGCGUGUUAUUCCUCAUGCAAAUGCUGACAAUAUCCUUCUCUGUUCAAAAUAUUCUGAGACAAGAAUCACAACUUCUUUCAAGAAGAAAGAAUGAGUAUGUAAGUCGAAACAACAUUU